GUUCUCAUUACUUCAAAAAAGGAAAGCGGUAAAGUGGAAAGGGCUUCACCUCAAAUCCUUUUUGACAGUGUCCCCAGGUUUCACUUCUCCAGAUAAAGGCUAAUCUUUACAGUGUCUCGUUUGGGAAACACACGUUGCGAAAACUGAAUUUGAACCGGUGAAGAGGAUCUACCCGAGGCAGCUCUCAAUCCAUACCGCCCACAGCAAACAGGAUUCAUAGCAACAAUUGCACUAAUUUUCUACAGCAUCUACACACGUUCUUUUCUGCCAUGAAGUUGUCGUUUAAAUUACGGACUCUAAAAUCCUUAUGGACUCUGAAGCCUUCUAACAGGUCUUUCCAUGGACACGGCAGGCUGCUUGCUGCUGAUGUAUAUUCACAGUACGAGUCCAUCAGGAGGGGUGAACAGGAAAUACCACAGUACUUUAACUUUGCGAGCGAUGUGCUGGACAAAUGGGCUGAGAUGGAGAAGGCUGGAAAGAGACCAUCAAACCCUGCCUUUUGGUGGAUAGAUGGAAAAGGAGAAGAAGUGAAGUGGAGCUUUGAGGAGCUGGGGUUCCUGUCACGGAAAGUGGCCAAUGUGCUGACUGAAGUGUGUGGACUGCAAAAGGGGGACAGAAUUGUUGUGAUCCUGCCGCGAAUCCCAGAAUGGUGGCUGGUGAACGUGGCUUGUAUGCGAGCAGGAAUUGUCUUAAUUCCAGGAAUAUCCCUAUUAUCACCCAAAGACAUAUUAUAUCGACUUCAGGCGUCCAAGGCCAAGUGCAUUGUUACCAAUGACACACUGGCUCCUGCCGUGGACUCUGUGGCAUCCGAGUGUCAGUUUCUGCAAACCAAGCUAAUGGUGUCCAAAGGCAGUAGGGAGGGAUGGCUGAACUUCACUGACCUCUACAAAAACCAAUCUGCUGAUCAUUCCUGCAUCAAAACAAGGAUUCAAGAUUCAAUGACUAUCUUCUUUACCAGUGGAACCACAGGUUUUCCAAAGAUGACUGAACAUUCCCAGGGAAGUCUUGGUUUCAGACCCCUUUUAAGUGAAAGGUACUGGUUGGACUUGACUCCCUCGGAUGUGAUCUGGAGCACAGCAGACACGGGAUGGAUACUAGGUGCACUGACAUCUGUUUUUGAUCCCUGGGUUUUUGGGUCAUGCGUCUUUAUACAUAGGCUACCACGGAUUGAAUCAGCAGACAUCCUAAAUACUCUCUGCAGAUUCCCCAUUGACACACUGGUUGGUGCUCCAACGUUGUUCCGCAUGCUGGUGCAAAAUGAUCUCUCCAGCUAUAAAUUCAUGAACCUGAAGCACUGCUUGAGUGGAGGGGAGCCACUCAACCCAGAAGUCAUGGAGCAGUGGAAAAGAGCAACUGGGCUGGACAUCCAUGAAGUAUAUGGCCAGACUGAAACGGGAAUAAUCUGCUGUGUUUCUAAAGGAAUGAAGAUUAAACCUGGAUUAAUGGGGAAGGGAGUUCCCCUUUAUGAUGUGCAGAUCAUAGACAAAAAUGCUAAUAUUCUGCCUCCAGGACAACAGGGGGAAAUUGCUGUCCGAAGCAAACCUCUAAGACCACUUGGUUUAUUCUCUGAAUAUGUAGAUAACCCAAAGAAAACCGCAGAAAGUGAACGUGGGGAUUUUUAUGUCACUGGAGACAAAGGGACUAUGGAUGAAGAUGGAUAUAUUCAGUUUUUUGGGAGAGAUGAUGACAUCAUCAUUUCCUCAGGAUACCGCAUUGGGCCGUUUGAAGUAGAGAGUGCCCUGAUAGAGCACCCAGCAGUAGCAGAAACAGCUGUUGUCAGCAGCCCUGAUCCCCUCAGAGGAGAGGUUGUGAAAGCAUUUGUGGUCCUGUCCCCUGCCUUUUCUUCCAGUGACUUGGAGAGCUUAACCUGUGACUUGCAGGACCAUGUGAAGAAAACAACUGCUCCGUAUAAAUAUCCUAGAAAGGUGGAAUUUGUCCAAGAGCUGCCAAAGACAGUCACUGGGAAGAUCAAGAGGAAUGAAUUAAGAAACAAAGAGUGGGGAAGGGCGUAGCAUUGUUUGGAAUUUAACAGAACUUCUUUCAUUCCAUUAACACUAUAGAAGUUUCUCUAAUAUAACUGCCCUUUUCUGAUCUAUUUUUGUUAAAUGCCUGAACAUUAAAAACUGUAGAUAGCACCAAGAGAUGAUGUUUACACCUGCUUGCAAAGCUUCUGAUGUCAGAACCAUGGUUUCAGUUCCUGAAGCCUUGCUUGGAAAGGGAGCAAACCAUAGAAUUCCAUUCUAGUCCUAAAUGUCCACAGGUUCAUCAGAAUUUGACUGGUGACCCAUAUGUUCUGGGUAGCAUCCGAGAUGAAUGGAGAUUGCUGGUAUCUUAUCUAGCUCCAAGCUGCAGAAAAGGCAGGCAUGGAUUUGAGGGGUUCAAAUGCUCUGUCCUUUAAUGCAGCGUGUUUAAACUGAAUGCAGCCUUCCUAUCAUUUACUGAUGAUGGAAAGACUCCUCUGUAUUGAUACCACCAUAUGACCUUCAUAAACCUUUCUAGUUUAAUAUAGGAUUUGUUGACAAGCAGUGCUAACUUCUCCCAUGCUUUAUCCGCAAAUACAUUCUCAUACUGAAGUGGCUUCAUUGCUCACCUUAUAUUCUGAUCUUCACACACAAUAGACAAAAUUCCUGUACCACUUCUGAUGGUCUUUAAAACAAAUUUUGCUGUUGGGCAGAUGACACAGUAAAUGUUUGCUACAGGACCAGUCUAUUUCAGCACCCACUUAGAAGUGAAACCAGUGAAAACCCUUGAUCUGCUUUGGAUAAGCACAUCUCUGUUUAACAUUUAGCUCUUAGCUUUGUGGAGAAGCUCGUGUGGUAGCGCACACUCUUACUUCUUACAGUUGCACAUGCAAUAGUGGGCCAGCCUUUAAGGCUAUAUCAGUUCUUAGCUGUUAAUCCUCAGGUUAUUUCAAUUCAUGCACUCAAAGAAAACUUCACUUUCUGAUGUGAAUUUUCAUUAUUUGACAAAACCAUCUCCAGCCUUGAACUCCUCUUCUGUUCAUUAAAUAAGCAGAAAUCGCUCGAGAACAACAGCAUCUUUAGCCAGGAAGGAGGGUCUUCUACAGCUGUAUCUCACUGCCUGUAUUUCUGUGUCUACAGCAGCUGUAAAGCGAGAUUUGGAGAACUCUGAUUUUGAAAAAGUACAGUGUUUUGUUUCUUGAGACUAAAUAUUUUGCUUAUGUCAAUGAAACAAUUUCUGUUCUAGCAAAUGUUGAAAUGAAAGGGAUUGUCAAUAAACACAAUGUUUACUUCAUUCCUUUUCACAGUAGCUUCACUUUUUGUCACGCUCCUUAGUAUUUCACAAAGAUUUCAGAACACUUUUCACUAGUUUACUCCUAAGGCUUCCAGGAGCAUUAGAUUACAUGAUUAUAAAACUAAUCAUUAAUUUCUUGAAUGUACUUCUUUGGGCGUGUGACUUGUCGCUGCCUCAAGCUCUUUUCUGUACCCAGUUCAGUUUCCUUUAGAAGCUUUAUACUCCUGGGCCUCCCGGGGGUCUAUAUCUUCUAGCUUUUAAAAACAACAAAAAGUGGACAAAACAACAAAAAGUCUGCAAAAAAUUGAAUGACAAACAAGAGUACAAACUGGAAUUCAGAGCCCCUGGAAACUUGUCCUUGUCCCUGCAGUUUGCUGUUCAGGCACUUAAACUCCACUAAUGCCCAAGGACUGGGAGGUCGAUUUUCCCCCCACCCCCCAAUCAAAUACAAUUACCUAAAAUCAAGCAACUGAACUCAGAGUUGGGGAAGUUCAGAGCCUAAAAAGAAAAAAAAAUGUCUGAAUGAAACUGCCACACUGAAGACAAGAGUUUUACCACUAAUUUCGGUGGGAUUAUGACUCUUGACUCUGUAAAUUCUAGUGUGGCUUGUUAGAAUAAUUUGCUCUAGAGUUCAACGCCAGAACUGUAACCUCUGAUGAUCCCUUGCCCAGCUGACCUUGGAAUCUGGGCUUCUACUGUGCUCUGGUACCCAGUUUUUUUGCAUGAGUGGGCUGGGAUCAAAGUCAAGCAGUCUGCCAGGUUAUUUAUACCACGUGCGGAGGCAGCGGUCUGAGGUGCUCUGUGCCACACUGCAGCAACCUUUUAGCAUUGAUAUUCAAUUUGCUUUUCUGUCUCACGUUCAAGGUAUCUCGUUGGGCUGCUUGAAGUAGAGAGGGAGUGCCCUGAUGGAUGGUCCAUCAGGAGCUGAAACGGGUGCUGCCAGCAGCCAGGACCUCUUCAGGAGAGAGUGAUUGUGCCUUUCUUCAGAAGGUAAUUGGAGAAAUGAAAUCUGUGCUCUCAGGAGCAAAUAAUCCCCACUACAGACCAUGAUAUAUGAUACUAAUGAAGGGCUACAACCACUCAAAGAACUGGAGUGAGCCAGGAGUCUAUACUCAGG